AUCGAAGCUACAUUGAAUUUAAAACUAUCAUUAGCGGUUGAUUCAAAACUAGUAGUUGGAAUAAUCGUUGGAAACUUCAUCUAAUGCAACAUCGUACUAGUAGUUCCAGUACUUCUGGAACUACUCCUAAUAAUGGAUAUAGAAAUGAUGGCUUUGUGUCUAGAGACCAUCCGACUCCUUCCGCUUCUACCAUUGGUGGUAAUGGUCAACCUCAGCCUCCAACUCUACCGCCAUUAUCAUCUUUUCGUCAUGUACCGCCACCUCAUGGGAGCAGUAAUGCAUAUUCCCAUCCAUCCACCACCACUCUUCCACCACCUACGUCCAUCUCAGCUCAUUCAAGAGAGUAUCAUUACUACUCUCAGCAACAGCCAGGACAUGUUUCUUCCCACUCCACCAAUUCUGCUAUAGCAACUACUUCUCAUGCCAUCAAUCCAUCUGCCGCCAAUGCGCGUCAAGGCUCAAGUGUCGGAUCUGCGACUAGUGGUGCGAAUCAUGUGAGUAUUGGAUCUACUACUGGAUCUACUACUGUUGGAUCCACUGCUAUUACUACUCGUCCUACCCAUAUUCAGCAACAGGGUUAUUCAGAUUAUGACCGUGAAUACUAUUCCCAGCAUCAUCCUCAGAGUGAAUACGGUAAUUCUACUGCCAUUGCCAGUCAUGGUAAUGGCAAUCACCAUCCAUCCCAGCAUUACUAUCGCCAAUACAAUUCUGGUACUGGAAGUGGUGGUAGUCAUUAUAAUCCACCACCACCACAACACAUGCUGCACGGAUCUGGUCAUCAACAAAUUCACCACCACUCUCCAACCCAUCCUCAGAUCCACUCUCAGUCUACUGGCAGCGGAGCCCAAUCUGGUAUGACUUAUGGUAGAGAUCCACAUCCUUAUAGCAUCCAACAUCAUCAACAACAACACUACAAUCAGCAACAGCCUAUGGACAUGCACCACACUGUCAUAUCCCCACUACCAGGGCCUGCUCAAUAUCACCAUCAACACCAUUCGAUCGUACCUACUUCUCAACAACAUCGCGAUCAGAGGGACCAUCAGCAACAGUCUAUGCCUUAUCAUCACCCGAUGCAGCAGCACCCUCAUCUCAAUCAACACCAUCAACAACAAUCAAUGCAUCACCCCCAAGAGUACCAGCGACACUCUUAUCAACCCGUGCACCACUCACAACCUCCACGUAUUGAGCAUCGCAAAUCCUUUAGUGGAUCGCUUCCCGUUUCUCAUCAACCGUCUCAGUAUCAGCAACAUCAGAGCAAUUUUCGAGGUGACAAUCUUGACGAAAGUCACGAUUCUACUGCUGCUGCAUACAGACCGCUUUCACAUCCAUCUACUGCUGGUUCUGCUAGUCAUGCAGAUAACGAUAUAACCACUAUUACUCCUAUUGUUCCUACCACCUCUGUUAUGCCUGCUGCUAGCAAUGCUGCACCUUCCAAUACCAAUGCAAAAUUAGCUCCUGUUACUACUUCUCCAACAAUGUCUGGACAGGCUUUACAUGGAUCUACUUAUCCUUUACAGCAAAUCCAGCAAUCUGAGCGACAGCAAAUAAAACAAGAACCCAUUGGGCGUCCUCGUAGUUCUGCCACAACUAAAUUCGAUGCUCCUAACCCUCCACCCCAAUCAAGACCGCAUCAAACCGCUCGCAAUACAUCACCGGGCACUUAUACCGACCAUUCUAAUGCAUCUGAAAGCUCUGAUGGAUACAAGGAGUCUUAUGCUGAUAUGGCGUAUGCCAAUCAUCAACUCGGUACAUCUUUGUCAGCUGCCACCCAUCGUAAACCUCGUAUCUUCCAUGACGUGGAUGAACAUCUUGAAAAACUCGACAUUACGUUUCAAGCUCAAAAAGACGAAAUCUAUCGAUCCAGAUUGGACAAAUUUGCAAAAGAAACAAAAGAACUGCGAAUGGGAAUCUAUCCAGAAUACCUCGAUGCUUUAAAAGUUUUAGAACAAGAGCGAGAUGCAGCAUUGGUAGAAGCCGCUUUAUUUCGUGAUUACACAAUCGAAUGUGCCAAAAAAGUACAUCAGUUAGAACAUGAUACGUGCUUGACGGAAUAUGUUGGAGAAAAGUCGGGGCUGAGGGAAUCCAUGCUGAAUCAACUCAACGAAAAGAAACGAAAAUUGAAAGAGGAGCGAGAUGGGUUUGAUGUUGCAACCGAUGCAGGAAUUGAAGCUACAAAAAAUGUUGGAAUUCGAAAGGCUGCCAGGUUAAACCAGCGUUUUAAUGCAGGAAACAAUGGUAGCGAGGAAGGUGCUAUGUCGAGAAAGAAUGGCAAGAGAAACAAAGGACAAAACGGGCCUUUACUAGUGUUUCAGCUUAAAGAUCAUGAAAUUUACGAUGAUUUGGGAUUAUUAAGACGUAAUGCAAACGUAAGAAAGGCAACUUCUGGGUACAAAAGCCGCAGAUAGACUUGCAAAGACGACUUUUUGUGAUGAAUCUACUUUUUGUUAUUAUGGAUAGACAAAUGAACAAAGUUUCCUAUUGUGG